CCGAGUCUUUCAGGAGCGCAUGCUAAAAGGGCAGAGCACAGUGGCGUCGCGGCACCAAACGAGCCUACCGUCAGUCCGCGCGUUGUCAUCUGUUCAGCUCGCCCACGAAGAGAGGAUUUUCCCCCGGACGAUACAGCCAGAAUUUGACACUACCGUGCCCGUAACGCCUACACAGCUCCGGCAUAUAGUCACGAACCAAGCGCUGCUCGUCUACCGCGGUGCCUGUCGCUUCCCGUCCCGUGCGACCGCUUCGACGCCACUACCUGUUCCAAGGUGCGAGGGCCGCACUCGCCACUCGGGACUCUGACGCCAGGGGCCGGCUCAAGACGGGUUCCAAAGACGCCAUGGUUGCGGCUGACUCGGCUCCGGCGAUGACGACCGUCACCCUGGACGCGUCUAAGCUCGAACUCGAUCAGCAGGCGCAACAGGUCAAGAUCAAAAUGGGCGCCGACACACCGCAAAAGGCGGACAUUAACGCCAACGCGACGCCCCAGGAUGGUUCUGAUCCCUGGGCACUACCUGUCCUCGAGGACCAGGGGGUCAAGUGGUCAGAGCUCACCGCCGGCGGCAAGGUUCAGCGGGUGGUUCUGGGCGUGGCCAAGGGGCUCUGCCUGGUGGGUCUCCUCUACCUGUUCAUCUGCUCGCUGGACUUUCUCAGCUCUGCCUUUCGGUUAGUCGGCGGCAAGACGGCCGGCAAGGUCAUGUCUCAAAACGAGGUGCUCAAGAACCCCGUCGUCGGCCUCAUGAUCGGCGUCCUCUCCACCGUCCUCGUGCAGAGCUCCUCAACUUCGUCCUCCAUCAUCAUCACCAUGGUCGGUGCGAACCUGAUCCAGGUUCGCGAUGCCAUUCCCAUCAUCAUGGGUGCCAACAUCGGCACCUCGGUGACCAACACCAUCGUGUCGCUGAUGCAGAGCGGCGAGCGGAACGAGUUCCGACGGGCGUUCGCCGCCGCCACCGUGCACGACAUGUUCAACUGGCUCACGGUCAUCGUCCUGCUGCCCUUGGAGGCCGCAUUCGGCGUGCUCUACCACUUGACCAGCGCCAUCAUGAACUCCACCAACUGGACCACAAAUAAAAACGCUAACAGGGACUUCUUGCAAGUCUUGACGAAGCCAUUCACAAGCCUCAUUAUUCAGUUGGACAAAAAGGUCAUCGAGAAGGUUGCCAUCGGAGAUGAGACUUACUACAACCACUCUUUAAUCAAGCGCUGUUGUAACAUGACCAGCGAUGGAUGUGCCACUCAAUGUAAAUUCGCCUUGGUUUCCUUGGACUGGCAAGACAGCUUCGUGGGCCUCUUGCUGCUGGGCAUCUCUCUGCUGACGCUGUGCGUCUGCCUCAUCCUCAUGGUGAAGCUGCUUCACUCGAUGCUUCGCGGUCGCAUCGCCGUCGUCAUCAAGACCACCGUGAACGCCGAGUACCGGUUCCCGUUCUCUGUUCUGGUCGGCUACAUCGCCAUCCUGCUCGGCUGCAUUAUGACCAUUCUCGUGCAGAGCUCCUCCAUCUUCACAUCGGCGCUCACGCCUCUGGCGGGCAUCGGCGUCAUCAGCCUGGAGCGCAUCUACCCUCUCACGCUGGGCUCCAACAUCGGCACCACUACCACCGGAAUCCUGGCCGCCCUGGCAGCCGACUCGAGUCGCAUCAGGUACACGCUGCAGAUCUCCUUCUGCCACCUGUUCUUCAACAUUCUGGGCAUCCUGAUGUUCUACCCGAUCCCCUUCACUCGGUUCCCCAUUCAACUGGCCAAGAUUCUGGGCAAUACGACGGCCAAGUACCGCUGGUUCUCGGUUCUCUACCUGCUCUGCAUGUUCCUUCUCUUUCCGGCCGCCGUGUUUGGGCUGUCCAUGGCCGGCAUGGUCGUCUUCAUGGUCGUCCUCAUCCCGGUGCUGCUCAUUCUGGUCGCCGUGGUCGCCGUUAACAUUCUGCAACGCAAGUCGCCCCACAUGUUGCCCGAGAAGCUGCGCAAUUGGCUCUUGUUGCCCGAGUGGAUGCGGUCGCUGGACCCGCUCGACCGCGUCAUUUCUGCCGUCGUCGGCCGGUGCGGCUGUUGCCAGCGGCUGUGCCCCCCGCAGACGGCACACGAUGCUUCGGCGAUGCCCACCAUGCGCGAGGUCUCCUCCCAGAUGAACUUCAUCGAGUCUCGGCGCUCGUCCUGCCCGUCCGAUUCUCAGUCCGACUUGCAAGCUUUCGAGAACUCUGCCUUUAACUGGACUAAAGAGAAGCAGAAUGGUGGUGCCACGUUUAUCACCCAGCUAUAGCGGCUCUGUUGUUCCUGUGCUGUGAUGUAAAUACGCGCGUCUCUAUAUACAAUACGUGUAUUAUCUACAUAUGAACUCCUCCUGCCUUGUAUAUAAGACUUCGAGCGUGAGUGAGUGACAUGUGCGUGCGUGUCAGUGGAUGUGUCGAAAAGUGUUUGUUGUGGUAUGUGUCCAGCGACAGUAGAAGCCUUACUGGUAGCCUAGAACUUGCGUUUAAGCUCUAGGUGCCAUUGUUGCUAGCCCGCUACGUUUGCAGUUGUACUUGGAUUUUCUGCGCACUGACCCCAUAGCCCACGUAGCGUGUUAUAUAAAUAUUAUAGAUGUCCACAUUGUAUCACCUUAGGAGAGUGGCAGAUCGCCAGACUCGUGUGAUAAGUUCUCGCGUACCUACGAUACAUUGUCGGCAAAUGUAGUCAAUAGCAUAAUUACAGUAGCAUCGUAGAUGACGACGACUGGGCGAGCUGUCUUUCGUGCUUCUGAUCUCACCAUGAGUAACGUUGAAGUAUCCAUGUAUAGACCGGUCGAGACGUCGCUCACGAUGUUGUCCACCAAAUGAUCUACGUCGCUGCAUGACAGCAACAAAACGUGCCAUCCAGAAAGCUUACUCUAUCACUCCCUGGUGCAAAUUUAUUGCUUUUGGUAGUCUCAUAGAUAUGGCAGCGUGUAUAUCUUUUAUCCGUUCUUUGUUUUAGCGCGCACUUCUAAGUGACGUUCAGGGGGUGCUGCAGUCGCGAUACGCAUUGUGACCUUAUUAUGUGCUGCGAUUCUGCGCCACAGCGUUCAAAUUGUGAAUGUCUUUCUGCAUUGCGAGUCCGCGAAAAUUCGCAGCCUUUGCCGUAAUGUGCCAGACCCCCAAUGCUAUGUUUUAGCCUAUUUUUAAAAUUUUUACAUAUCGCCUAAUAACUAACAUAUUGGGCAAUAUCAUCUCCAUGUUUUCUCAUUUUUCUUUUGCAAUCCCGAACAUCGGGCAUCACUCUCAUUUGUUUCUUGUGAAUGUAAGAACGUGACACGCUUGCAGUAAAUUAUCUACGUUUUGGUUCGAGUCCGGCUGUAGGGCUUACUUUAGAUUUAUAUUAGAAAUAUACAUUCCAAGGCUCGAAAUGGCAGCUCCUAGUUUGUCUUGUGCGGUACUUAUAACAUUAUUAAAAAUCAACCUUCUUCAUUGUCGCCGCAAUAUUGUCGCAUAAACUUGUAUCCAAGUGCUUUCUCGUUUGUCCAUGCGACGCAAGCACCGCCCGCUUAUCAUUGACGCGUAUACUGCAGUGAUCGGUGUACGCACUAGUACGGAGUGCCUGCAAAGUGGCGGUGUCCCCGUCUUCCUUGUAGAGUUUAACGCGCUUGUCCCUUGAGCUUACGCGCGUCCAUGUUUUCUCUUUUUUUUUAUAUCGGCACGUGGCUUUCGCGGAAUUUUCGCCGAGUAGAAGGGUGCGACUGCUGCCGGCGUGGCCCUCGCUUCUGGAGCUUCGCGAAAUGAGUUCAAAGUUUAAGCGUGAGACGCCGCAGGUGUACUGCGGGGUGUACUGCGUUUUACUCCGGGGACAGAGAUUGUUCUUGUGAGCGUUCCGGAUGACGCGUUUGUAAUAUUUUUGCCGCGACGUGGCAUACAGGUGCAAAGUUUACAGAAGGCAGUGUGGGCUUUCGGUUGGCGCCCCAGUCGCAUUUCUGAAAGAGCGGAUUUCCGCAGUGGUUGCAUGUGUGAGUGUAUUGCGUUAUUUUAUGGCAUGAUCAUCUUUUGCAUUGUUUUAUUGUUCGAAAAAAAGGUGUUUCAUUAUUUAUUAUGCUCAGUGUCAACCUCUUCGAAGAGCGCCAAAAAAGUCGCAUUCAGUCAGUACAAUCAAGGUUGAGCAAACUGAAGCAGAAAUAAACUGUUUUUAAUUCCUUUUCUAA